AUGCCCAAGCCUUUCCCACCCAUCCUUUUCCCAAAUCUCAUUGAAGAUCCAUCACUGAAAACGGUCUUUGGAAAUUGGGAACUCUUUGGCAAGGCUAUGUGGAUACUGCUGUGGGGUGGGAAUGGCUUGACUGCACUACAAGCAGGAGGACCUCUGCGAAAUGGUAAUAGGUGGGAGGUGACAUCUUUAAUGCCUGGUUUGUUGGCAUGGGUGGGCAUAGUUGUUGUUUUUCUACUGAGUGCUGACAAGGAAUUUUGCUAUUCUGGCAAGGGCAAGAUGAUGAAGAUCCAGUACAGCUAUAUGUUCACCUCAUAUAAGAAGAUUCUUGUCAAGAACUGGAACACAGAGUACACACAUGACAUUGUGAAGAAGCUGAAUGAAGAGGAUUUCACUGCAGCUAUGGAUCGUGCCUUAGCAGAGGACAUUAUGGAUGAGACAGUUGCUGAUGCCAAGGCUAACAGAGAGAGACUGAGACCUAAUAGUCCUCUUACAUCUGAGCCUGAUGAGGAUGAAGUUAGUAACAUUGUUACAGCACCUGCAGCUGCAAGAGGCCAUUGA